UCAAAUACAUAAUCCUUUUUUUCAUCAUCCAUGGGCACUGCGCAACUGUGCGCAACGUCACCGAAGAAGCUCUUCUACGUCAUCAAAUAGAGCCACUAGUCAGACACAUGAGACUGUUUGGGGCUAAAAGUUAAGGUAGUGCAUUAGCUAGCAGCUUUCUCGUAGUCGCUUUCUGGUAAACCACAAGCGCUCCGUUGUCUCGGUUUACCCGCCAUCCUCUCAAUGUGCCAGGUGGAUGAGGACUACCAGGAUGGACUGGAGCGCGCGGAGGUGCCCAGUGUCUCCAAGAAAUGUGUCAAAUGCAAAGAGGCGAGUGCAGCUGUGGUCAUCAGAGCAGGAGAUACAUACUGCAGGGGCUGUUUUAAGGAAUACUUCAUUCACAAGUUCAGAGCUAUGCUGGGCAAAAACAGGAUCAUUUUCCCUGGAGAGAAGGUGCUGUUAGCUGUAUCUGGAGGGCCUUCGUCCUGUUCAAUGCUCAGUCAAGUUCAAGAGGGUCUGAGUCAGAAUGCUCACAAGAAGUUGAGAUUCUUACCAGGCAUUGUCUACAUUGAUGAGGGUGGUGCUGUAGGUCAGUCUGUGGAGGAGAGACAGAGGACAGUAGCUGAGCUACAGGCUGUGUUCAAAGCUACUGGUUUUCCCUUUCACAUGGUGCCUCUGGAAGAGGUUCUGGACCUUCCCAGUUCAGUUGUGGUGAUGGCCCCAUCACCUUCAGAGCCACCGGCCAGCGCCUACAAAGCAGCUGUGGAUCACUUCAUUCAGAGUGACAGCAGUGGCUGUUUGACACCACAGUACCAGGAGCAAACAUUACUACCAGAGGUUCAGGAGUCCCGCACACAGGUCCUGCAGCAGCUGAUUGGCUCAGCUAAGACACUAACAGCCAGACAAGACCUGCUAAACACGUUAAGGCAGCAUCUGCUGGUGCACACAGCUCGUACCAAGGGCUACAGUAAACUGAUGCUAGGAGACAACUGCACCAGACUGGCAGUUAAACUGCUCACCAGUUUAUCACUGGGCAGAGGAGCACAGCUGGCUCAGGACACGGGUUUCUCAGACUCCAGGUAUGGUGACAUAAUAUUGGUGAGGCCAAUGAGGGACUACUCAGCCAAAGAAAUAGCUUACUACAACUAUAUGUUCAACGUGACCUCUGUUUUCAUACCAAGCCUCGACACCAAGACAACAGAUAAAGCCAGCAUCCAGCGUCUGACAGAGAGCUUUGUCACUAAACUUCAGGCAGACUUCCCUUCCACUGUCAGCACUAUCUACAGGACCAGUGAGAAGCUGCAGACUGCAUGUAGGAGCUCCUGCACUGCUGACCACCCUGACAGGUGUCUGCUCUGUAUGUGUGCCCUGGAUACUGCUGUUGAGAACGCUUCAGCCUUUCAGGCCACGCUGACCUCAGAGCAGCUCUCCCAGUCUAAAUCUCUAGGAGCCACUAGGACUGAGAUCCCAAGACAGAUCCGAGCUCCAGUGGAGCAGUGCUGUUCCUCUGGAGGAGGAGAGGAUUGUGGGAGAGCAGAGACUGGUGGAGACUGCUGUUCUUCUGCCAAGGAACCAGAGACAAUCGACCUGAAGAGCCUGCUGUGUUACAGCUGUCAGCUGACCAUCAAAGACAUGGCAUCAGUGGAACAUCUUCCUCAGUACAUCCUGUCAGAAGCUCAGAAGAGGCAAAGAAGGUAUCAGAUGAGAGAGGAGAUCAGUGAGUUCCUGUUGGAUGACGGUGAUGAAGGCGAUUAGAGGGAGGAGGCUCUGAAGCUGCUCUGAAUGUUCAUCGUCCAGCGGUCCACUCUUCAAAACUGUACAUCAAAUUUCUGCUUAUUUCAACCUUCAAGAAGUGGCAGACAUUAAAUGUAAAUGCUUAAUAAAUAUAUUUACAAAAGCACAGGAUUCUCACACACAAGAUUUUUUACAGCAGUGGAAAGUUAACACAGUAGCAAAUGUUAAAGAUAAACAGCAGAAAUACAUUUGAUUUGUUGAUGUGUUAAUGGAUGGCAACUGGUACUGCAACAGAAGUGGAGCCCCCACGCCCCCCAACAAGUUUCAGUUGGACAUUUUAAACCCAGAGAAUAUUAAAGUAUCUGUUUUUGCUA